AUGGCGAGCUGCCUGCCCCUGCGCCGCCGCCCCCCCAACCCCUGGGAUCGCCCCCGGGAGCGGGAUCGGGAUCGGGAUCGGGAUCGGGAUCGGGAUCGGUUGUGGGGUGACGUUUGCGGGCGGGAGGUGGAGGCGGGAUCGGCGUUUUGGGUGUACAGACAGCGCUUCGUGCUGGGGAGCAGCAGCGCGGACUGUAUCUGCAUCCCUUUGUACCUGAAGCGGGGCCCCACACUUGGGGAAAAAAGGGGCAAUAAAGCCAAAGAAAUGAAGGAAAUGAACGAAAUAAAUGAAAUAAAUGAAUUAAAUCAAUUAAAUCAAUUAAAUAGUCCUUUAAAUGAUCAAAAAUCCAAAAAAAAUAAAAAAGAAAUCAAAAAAAUCAAAAAAAAUAAACUCGGAUGGGCCGUCGGGCUGGACGUACACUCCAACACACUCACCGCCACCACCGUCGCGCAGUGGCGCUGCAGCAGCAGACGCGACUGGCUCGCAGCAGCAGCAGCAGCAGCAGCAGCAGCAGAAGCAGCAGCAGCAGCUGCUGCUGCUGCUCCACACCCGGCGCCUGCUGCAGCGGACGGCCAACCAACGGCAGCUGCUGCUCCUGCUGCUGCUGCUGCAGCAGCAGCAGCUCAAGACGACAAAAGCAGCAACGCUGCACCUCCCCCCAACACCAAAGCCAGCAGCAGCAGCAGCAGCAGCAGCAGCAGCAGCAGCAGCAGCAGGAAGCGCGUGCUGCACUUGUACGUGAUAUUGCACGGAAUGUCUCCCCCCUCUUUGCUGCAGACAGAAGUAGUUGAAAACUUUGCAAAUUUGAUUGCAACAAUUCUCGAGGGAUAUUCCAUCAGCAGCAGAUUGAAAACCAUUAAUGCUGCUGCUGCUGCUGCUGCAGCAGAAGCAGCAGCAGCAGAAGCAGCAGCAGCAGCUGAGAGCAACGCCGACAGCAGCUGCCAAGAGACAGGCGACAGCAGCACCGCUGCUCCCGCCACCACCUCGCCUCCCCCAGCAGCAGCAGCAGCAGCAGCAGCAGCAAGUCCAGCAGCAGCAGCAGCAGGAAGUCCAGCAGCAGCAGCAAAAGAAGCAACGAAUCCCGCAGCAACUCCAGCCGCAGCAGCAGCAGCAGCAGCAGCAGGCGCUGCUGCGGGUGCCGCGCCCCCGCCCUCCUGCCCCUCCUCCUCCUCCUCCUCAGCAGCAGCAGCAGCAGCAGCAGCAGCAGCAGCAGCAGCAGAGGAGCCGAGCAGCGUGUUGUUUCUGGUGUUUUCUUACCGCGCAGCAACGCUGCAGUCGUUUGCUGCUUGUCUGCAGCAAAUAGUGCCGCUGCUGUCGCAGGAAUUGGCAGCAGCACUUGCUGCUUUCGACAGCGUGCGACUUUUCGCAGUGGGCCAUUCCUUGGGGGGUUUGCUGUGGCGGUUGCUGCUGCUGCGCCGCCUGCAGCAGCUGCUGCUGCUCUCCGCCCCCCGCAGUUUGCUGCGCUCCCGCCGCAGCAGGGCGCGCGCAGCAGCAGCAGCAGCAGCAGCAGCAGCAGCCGCGGACCCCGCAGCAGCAGCAGCAGCAGCGGACCCCGCAGCAGCAGCAGCAGCAGCAGCAGCGGACCCCGCAGCAGCAGCAGCAGCAGCAGCAGCGGAGCCCGCAGCAGCAGCAGCAGCAGGGGCGAAGGACUUCGAGCUGCUGCUGCAGUGUCUGCAGCACCCGCGGCUGGAGCUGCGGUGUCUGUGCACCUUAGCAGCACCCCACAUGGGGGCUUUUCGAACUUCGCUGCUGUACAGAUCUUUGCCUGCUGCUGCUGCUGCUGCUGCUGUGCUGCCUGCUUCCGACUUUGCGCUCGAGCUGCUGCUGCAGAAGGACGGCGGCCUUCUUGCUGCUCUUGCUGCUGAGGAAAAGGCCGGACGCAGCCACCUCACCCUCCCCUACGACGUCCACCAGCAGCAGCAGCAGCAGCAGCAGCAGCAGCAGCAGCAGCAGCAGCAGCAGCUGGAACAGGAACAGCAGCCCAAGCACGACCAGCAGCAGCAGCAGCACCACCCGCACCACAAGCACCACCACGAGCAGCAGCAGCAGCAGCUGCUGCAGCAGCAGCAGCAGCAGCAGCAGCAGCAGCAGCAGGAGGUGCUGCAGCUAAACCGCUUCGAGAAAGUGCUGCUGUACGGAAUCUUAUCUACAGAUUGGAUUGUCAGUGCCAACUCUGCUUUAGCAACAGCAGCAAAUCUGGAAGAGCUGGCGGAAGCAGCAGCAGCAACGCAGCAGCCGAUGCACCCCGUCUUCCUGAGCAGCAGCAGCAUCAACUCCGCGAGUCUGCUGCUGCCGCUGCAGCAGCAGCAGCAGCAGCAGCAGCUGUCGCGGAGCAGCAGCAGCGGGGCGUGCACGGCCGCGAGCUCCCUCAGCAGCAGCAGCAGCAGCAGCAGGUGGGGGCUGCGGCUGCGGCUGUGGCGGCGGCGCAGCAGCGUGCAGCUGCUGCUGCUGCAGCAGCAAGUGGAGGCCUUCAACCACAUCCAAAACUUGGAAAGAUUUUUAGUUUUUAUAAAUCAAAAUCCCCUUUUUUUGGCCCCCCACGCCAUUCUCAAGGGGGCCCCUUGCGUGUUGACGGAAACAGAACAAAGAAAAAUGCGCAAAGAAGCUGCCCCCAUUCUCCAGCACAUCGCCUCCCACAUGCUUGCUGCUCCCGCUGCUGCUGCUGCUGCUGCAGCGCAGCAGCAGCAGCAGCAGCAGCAGCAGGAGCGGGAGGAGCAGGGGGAGGAGGUGGGCGGGGGGGGAGCGCGCCUGCCGAGUGCGACGGCGCCGCCCGCUUCUGCUGCGCAGGCGGAGGCUCUUGCUGCUGCUGCUGCUGCUGCUGCUGCUGCUGCUGCACCUGCGUGA